CCACGAGCUGGGCUCGCUGCCUUAAAGCAAUUCAAAGAGGUCUGUGGGUUUCUUUCUUUCAUUACUAUUUUCUCUCAACGCUCACUGCCAAUGGAUAUCACUGCCAAGAUGGAAAUAAGCAUUUGCCAGCAGCAGCUCGUGCCGCCGGCUUGCUUCUUUGCCGCUGCAGCACAGAAUAUCCAACUCAGUCCUACCGACAGCCAGAGCAGCGGCAAAUCUGCCUCCAAGCAGACUAAAGGACAGCGCUCCUCAUCGCCCGAGUUGCUCAGAUGCAAGAGGAGGCUGAACUUCGCGGGGUUCGGGUACAGUCUGCCCCAGCAGCAGCCGCACGCAGUGGCCAGACGGAACGAGAGAGAACGGAACCGGGUGAAGCUGGUCAACAACGGCUUUGCCACGCUUCGGGAGCACGUUCCCAACGGCACAGCCAACAAGAAAAUGAGCAAAGUGGAGACCUUGCGCUCGGCCGUGGAGUACAUCCGUGCGCUUCAGCAGCUCCUGGAUGAGCAUGACGCUGUCAGCGCGGCGUUUCAGUCCGGGGUCCUCUCGCCCUCGAUCCCACAGAACUGUUCCAACGACAUGAACUCAAUGGCGGGCUCUCCCGUUUCCUCUUACUUCUCGGACGAAGGAUCGUAUGACCCGCUUAGCCCUGAGGAACAGGAGUUGUUGGACUUCACCACCUGGUUCUGAGCUCUGGGAUAUGGAUUAUGUUUUGAGAUGAUGACUAUGCUCAUAUGCGCGUGGAAAUGAGGCGACAGAGAAGCUCGAGGGCCCUCCAUAAGCAAUGCAGCGCUAGCUUUGCAUUCUGGUCUGGACUGGUGUGACCCGACGCGAGAGGACAAAUGACAGUGAAACCGUCCCGUUUAGCCCUCAGACUGAAUCAGUUCUCAUAAACCGGUGCCAGCGUGGAACCCAACCUCGGAGCGCACAUUUAUCGAAGUGACCUUUAUUGACCUAA